AUGGAACACGUUCCGCUCGAAGCAGCAUUACGGCGCCUCGAGCCUCGGUGGAACUAUACUCUGAUCGCUGCGUCCAUGGCAGUGUCACUGCUCGGCGCCUUCACAGCCACUCAGAUGAUGUGUCAAGCACGCACCGCUCGAUACUUCUCCGGCGUCUUGGUAUGGACAAUUCUGGGCAGUCUGACUUUCGGCUUCUGCUCCAUCUGGAGCUUGCACUUCAUAGCCACCUUGGCUUGCGAACUGGAUGUCCGUGUCGGCUUGAAUGUCCCGUUGACCAUCUUGAGUGCCGCGCUGGCAGUGUCGUUCACUUUCGCUGCUUUAGCAUCAGAUCUCCUUCAUGAUCGAUAUCAGGGCUUAGUGAAGAGAAGAAAGCGCAGUGCCCGGUCAGACAGGAGAAGGGAUAGAGCAGGAGAUCUUGACUUGCCGUUUCAUGACACAAAUAUAAGUACAGAUGCUCUGUUGGGGCCUCGCGCCUCAGACCUUACAGAAGACGACGAUGAAUUAGAGGACACCACCGCGCUGGAACGCGAUCGCGCAAACGGACACCUGGCUCGACCUCGACGCGGACGCGGAAUGAGUCUGGGCCCUCUGGAAGAGCAUUUCACUGGGUUGAACGGUUCUAUUGUCAGACUUGAGACUGGCACCCCUCCAUCCGUCUCGCUGAGUCGCUCCCCCAACCCCGUGGGAAGAAAGCCAGUUGCUUCUCAGUCCGAUCUGGCUCUUCAUGAGAACUUCGUGGAUGACACCGACAGUCUCCCCAGAAGUUCGGUGGAGGAAGAUGCUUCGGCACGGUCUUCUGCGACCAUGUACUCGGACGGCACGGGCACCUUGAGCCUCCUGGGAUUCAUGAACUUCAGGAGCUCAAGAAGUACCACUUCGUCUGCGACAGAUGCCCUGACCGGCAUUGCCGGAUUGAUAUACAAUGGCGCAACUCCGAGAACCUUUUGCAAAGGAUUUGUGUGGUCUUUAUCUAUCACGACCAUGCAUUACGUGGGCAUUUUCUCACUGCAGAUACCCCAGGGCUAUGUCACUUUCCAGCCCUUCAUCGUGCUUCUGUCGGCAUCGAUCAGCUGGCUGGUGUGUACGCUGGGCGCCAUUCUCAUUCCGCAAAUCGAGGUCAAUCUCACCCAACAACUGGCCUUUUCCGUGGUUGCAGCCGCAGGAGUUGCAGCCAAGCAUUUCACUGGCAUGUUCGCAACCACAUUCUGGUCCCGAGCCAGCCCGAGCGAAGAUCGUGGCUAUCCGCCAAACCUGGCGGUGGCCGUGAGUUGCAUUGCGAUUGUAACCUGCAUAUUUGCGAAUGGCCUGCUGGCACAUUCGGCCACCGUCGCGCGUAACAAGUUGGCGGAGAUUGUUCAUACGAAAAGGAAGCUCUGGGCGGCCCUCGCGCAGAAACAGAACGCAGAAGCCGCUGCCCAUGCACGCAGCGAAUUCAUCGCAUCGGCAUCGCACGAGAUUCGCACUCCCCUUCACCAACUACAAGGCUACAGCGACUUGCUAUCUCGGACCGAGUUGAGUGACGAGGCGCGACUGUUACUGCUUGCCAUACAACAAGCCACCCGGUCUCUGUCCAUGAUCACGGCCAAUGUCUUGGACUGGUCACGGUUGGAGAAGGGUGAGGCGGUUUGCCGCCCGACGAGUCUCGACUUUCGAAAAGUGUGCGAGUCAAUUCUUACCAUUCUGCCCAACAAGGACGAGGAAGUGGGCACGGAACUGAUGAUUGUGGUGGCCCCCGAAGUCCCAACGUGUUUGUUUCUCGACGAGACUUACCUGCAGCGCAUCCUGAUGAAUCUUCUAACCAAUGCCCUCAAAUUCACCCAGUCAGGAUAUGUGCUCCUGUUGGUGGAAAUGAAAGAUGAAGCUCUAAAAGUUACUGUCAAGGACUCCGGCUUCGGAAUCCCCGAAUCGUUCCAACCGCAUCUCUUCGAGCCGUUCAAGCAGGCUCAGACCAGAGGUGCCGAGCGAGGCACAGGGCUUGGACUGGCCAUCAUCAAGCAAUUGCUCGAAAAAAUGCAAGGCACCAUCGACGUCGACAGCAAAUGCCGGCAAAUGAACAACGUGGGAGAGGAACGGUGUGGGAGUACGUUCAUCGUCAACAUCCCUGUUUCUGAGCCUGCAGCCACGCCCCGGUUCUUGGACGCACUUGGAUCGAAGCGGCGGAUCGCAUUUUAUGGUACCUCGGACGCGCGGUUUUUCGAGGGCCUUCAGAUGGCGUGGAGAGCAUUUGGAUUGGAUUCGGUACGCGCCGACCCUGACGACGACAUGUCUGGCUUUUCGGGGCUUUUCUGGACAGAUGUCACGUUUCUGCAAGCAUCCCCGACGCUUCUUCACCGCUUACUAUAUCAACAAACCCAAUUGGUACUGGUAUCAUAUGACUCUCAAUCACUCCUGGAUAGGACGAUCGGAUCCAUACCUCCAGCACACGUGAUCCCCAUUCGGAGACCAUUUGUGUGGCACCGCAUGAUCGAAAACAUCAUCUCGGUGAUGCAGUCAGGGAAAGCAUCGGUUGGUGACCGGACGGUCCGAUUCGCCCCGGUGGUGGACGUGGUCGACAACGUAAAUGGAAAUCUAUUGAGAGAGGACGACUCAGCCACGAAGGAUCUGAUCAUACUUUUGGUGGAAGACAACAAGAUCAACCAAAAGCUCGGAAUCAAGAUGUUGAAGACGCUGGGAUACAAUGUCAUCGUGGCAAACGACGGACAGGAGGCGGUGGAGAAGCUUGUUGAGCACGAUCAGGACAUCGAUUUGGUCUUGAUGGACCAGUCCAUGCCCCGCAAAGACGGCAUCACGGCUACCAAGGAGAUCCGAGAGAUGGAGGUGCGUGGAACUUUGGCUCGAAGGCGUCCCAUCAUCAUGGCCACUGCCGUGGUCGGGCCCGAUGCACAAGCAUUAUGUAUGUCCGCGGGUGCAGACGCCUUUCUCCCGAAGCCGUUGGCCUUGUCCAAGCUGGAGCAUACCUUGAAGAAGUACUUAGGGCGCGAGUGA